UCAUAUUCUCAUUGGAGUUGCUGUUAUUUGUAGCUGUAGGACGAGAAAACGUAUGCAGCUUUAAUUAGCCUAGCUAGCUAGCUAGGUAUUAACUAGCUUCUCCCGGUUUGAUUCAGUCAAGACAGGUAUUACGCAAUCAUAUUGGAUGAUAAAUAACCUAGCUAUGGCAGCUAUUAGUCUACUAUAGCGCGAGUCGGCUUUGUCGGUUGCUGUCUCUCGCCUCUCCUUCCCUCCUCCCCACUGGCGUACUUACCCUUAGGUUGCCUCAGGCCUCAUUUCAUCAAGGGGCUUCAUGACCUGGGCAUAAUUAAAAACAAAUAACAUUAGUCAUCUUUUUUUUUUAAAUAUAAUUUAUUCGCUAGCCGCUCCCCCAUGCUCCACUCAAGAUAGUUUCAGCCACUUGCGAAUUGAAGGACUGGUUGAUUAUUUGCUUUCAACUGCACCUGCGUUUGCAGACGUCAAAAACUUGAGGUUAGCAUGAUUCAGCUUACCCAGUACAAAGGAACCAAUGGGAUAGUCCCAAAGGUGCAAAAUCUGCCCAACUAGCAACACAUGCUCCUAUUGGGUAAAACAUUCAUAUUUAAAGCACAAAUUCCAUACCUCUAAACCAAUUGUCCUGUAUGUAUUAUGAUCGCCCCAGAGCUUCUAACACAUUACAUAAGAAUCAGACAAUGCAUAAAAUAUGACAUAAUCAUAACAGAUGAAAUGAAGAAAAUAAAUCGUAUCACGGUCUAUAUUGGUUUGUUGUUAAGACAAGAAUAACAAAAUGUAGUGAUUGAGCAUUGUUAAGUGUCCUUAUGUUUUUUUAAUAGUCCAAAUGACCCCACAUUUCUGUGCAGCAUUCUGUAACUUGAACUUUCAGUUGACUGUGAACUUUAGUUACACAUACUGACUCACACAUUUUCUGGAUAAGCCCAAGUUAACCACAUGAUACCUUGUAUCUGAACCUAUCGUCCAGUGGUAUAUUAGUUCAUAAUUGUUUGGCCAGAUAAGGUAAAGGAUAUGCUGAUGUUGACACAAAAUGUGCAGUGGUUUGGACAAAAAACACACAACUCCAAUCUUACAUUUCGUGCUCACUCAGUACAUCUGUUACAUUGGACAUAUUUACACACCAAUGUAAUACAUUUGGAUGCAUCUCUUUUCAACUCUCAAAGACCGUGGUGGAGAAUCCAACAAUGCAGACCAUGGAUAUUGAUAAAGACACAUAUGCCAACAAGCCCAGAAAAAAGGAUGACAUUGGUGUUACAUUUUCAGCUAAUUUUCAGUGGUGGAAGAGACCAUCCGGAGUUGCUGCAGUGUGUCUGGGGCUUCUGUAUGUUCUCCUACUAGCUGGGAUCAUAGGCCUGUCUGUCUACUAUAACCGAGUCAUUGGUCAUUACUACUCUGCAGCGAGAUUCCAGACGUCCAGUUUGAACAACCUGACUAAAGAGAGAGACCACUUGAAGGAAGAGCUAAACAAACAGAGCAGUGGAUGGCAGAAGUUUGAGUCCAGUUGGUACUACCUCUCUACUGAGAAGAAAUCCUGGACAGAGAGCAGGCAGGACUGUCUGAAGCGAGGAGCACACCUGGUGAUCAUUAACAGCAAAAAGGAACAGGAAUUUAUCCAUGAAUGGAGUGGAUGCCUGGACAUCUAUCUUGGUUUCCAUGACACCAAUACAGAGGGGGUUUGGGAGUGGAUUAACGAUGGCGCAUUAGGCCAAUCAUCAGCACCUGGCACUACGUAUUGGAGGGAUGGGGAACCAAAUGAUGCAGAUCAGGGUGAAGACUGCGCUCAACUCUCAAAUAAGGUAUCAGACCCACUAAAGAGUUGGAACGACGUACCAUGCACAACGGCCCUCCACUGGAUGUGUGAGAAGACACCGUCCACAUUGUAACUAUGUGUUUUGAAACAUGAGACAUUUUGAUGAUCUGUUUUAGAUUUUUGUGUUAAGUUCAUUGUUGUGAAAAUUUGGCAAAGUGAUUGGGGAAAACAACCAUAGGUAACUUGACCCUUAUCUUAGCAUGGUGGGCUAACACAGUCUGCUCUUGCACAUAUGACCCGGGUUCAAAACCCAGCCGGCGACAUAAUUUUGUCACAUUGGAUAUUCAAAUGAGAAUUUUAGGCUGUUUAUGUUUUUAUUUUGUAAUGAAAUCCCAACAUUAUAUUAUCAGAAACUGUUAUGGAGUUAAGUGGACUGGCGAAGCAGCUUAAGAAAUAGAAAUCCUGAUGUAUUAGCAAAGAAACGUAACUGCUUAUUAUUUAACAGUACAACGUCAGUAUAGACCAUGUAUGCUAUACUGGUAAUAUAAUAUGUUAGUAUAGACCAUGUAUGCUGUACUGGUAAUAUAAUAUGUUAGUAUAGACCAUGUAUGCUGUACUGGUAAUAUAAUAUGUUAGUAUAGACCAUGUAUGAUGUACUGGUAAUAUAAUAUGUUAGUAUAGACCAUGUAUGCUGUAUUGGUAAUAUAAUAUGUUAGUAUAGACCAUGUAUGCUGUAUUGGUAAUAUAAUAUGUUAGUAUAGACCAUGUAUGGUGUACUGGUAAUAUAAUAUGUUAGUAUAGACCAUGUAUGCUGUACUGGUAAUAUAAUAUGUCAGUAUAGACCAUGUAUGCUGUACUGGUAAUAUAAUAUGUUAGUAUAGACCAUGUAUGCUGUACUGGUAAUAUAAUAUGUUAGUAUAAACCAUGUAUGCUGUACUGGUAAUAUAAUAUGUUAGUAUAGACCAUGUAUGCUGUACUGGUAAUAUAAUAUGUUAGUAUAGACCAUGUAUGCUGUAUUGGUAAUAUAAUAGGUCAGUAUAGACCAUGUAUGCUGUACCAGUAAUAUAAUAUGUCAGUAUAGACCAUGUAUGCUGUACCAGUAAUAUAAUAGGUCAGUAUAGACCAUGUAUGCUGUACUGGUAAUAUAAUAUGUUAGUAUAGACCAUGUAUGCUGUACUGGUAAUAUAAUAGGUCACUAUAGACCAUGUAUGCUGUAUUGGUAAUAUAAUAGGUCCCUACAGACCAUGUACGCUGUACUGGUAAUAAUAGUGCAAAAGCCUUGGUGUAUCGGUGUGUAGAAAAUCCUUGAUACUUUGUCUGGACUAUUGUCGCCACCUAGCGAAAUAGAUUGGAGCUUCAAUCUUCAGUUCCUCCUUCCAUAGCUCUGGUCCAGAGUGUUAGUGCGCAUACCUCUUCUAUCUUACGCUUUGAACAGAGUGACUGAAGUUUGCGUUUUGGUAAACCAGAAGUACAUUCAUUUCCAAUAGAACGCUGCGUUUGCCUUGCACGAUUGCGUUGCAGAGGCUGUUGCAAUAUGUUGGAUUUAUCGAACGUAUGCGUAAACGGGUUGACAGAAAUGGUAGCAGAAGGUGAAUGUUGAACUUUUGUUGCACACAUAUCUCGAUGACGCAGCAUACUAUUUUGCGCUAAUUACAGUCGUUGUGUUCAAAGCGUUAUUUUAGAAGUGAAACGCGCACUAACGCCCCGGACCAGAGCUAGUCCUAUGACUAUCAGCUACUAUGGAAAAAAAGUGAUUAAUCAAUUAAUGUGGAGGUGGAAGAAUAAAAUGAAAUAUGUGCAACAAUAUGCUGCCAAUAUCCCUAUAAAUAGAAUGCCAAACAUUUGAUAUUAAUAAUAAACAUUUAAAUGAAAAAGACAAUAUCCAAAUGUAAGUCAAUAUCCUAAAUUUGGCAUACUAUUUCUAGGGCUAGGCUACCACUGCUACCACAGACGCACUAAUGUUUUUUAAUAUUAUGCUGCAUUGAUAACCAAGUGGGAAGGUGGUAUUUACCACAUACGACUGGGAAAAAUGCACUUUAAUGCCCCUUCAACUUGUAAUUACUAGUGGGAAAUCUCUGAGCUUCAACUUCUCACACAUGUUGAACUCUGAUGUCACCUACUAAGUGUAAUAUUCAUAUGUGAAUACAUACUGAAUUAUAAUUGGAUGCAUUUUACCGCCGUAUCAUACUGUGCGGUGAUUGGUUAAGACCACCCAGACGGUUAGGUCAUGGGCAGUUGAUCGUGGUUGGAGAUAGGCUAACAUGUAGUUGUAGCUAGUUAAUAAAGAGUUAUGUUAAGAAACA